GCCUCUUUCAGCAGUUACUAUAUAGUAUCUGAUCCCCACCCCAAACCCAAAGAAAUAUUGCAUGGCAAGCAACCACCUUGCCCUCAACUUCACACACACACACAUAUACACACAUAAAUACAUAAAUUGCUAUCCAAACCAAGACAAGAAGAAAUUGGAAGAACACAACAGCAAGAUGAGCUUCAAUGCAGAGACUCUGGCCUUCCUCUCCGCCCUCCUUUUCCUAACAGUUGUACUCUCUUAUGCUCACGACGAUGAUCAGCAGCAGCAACGACGGUGGUCUCCAUUGCAAUCCCGAGCACCUCAUGGGCUCGCAUUUGAGAGCCCCAUGUCCUUCUCUCCAUCUGCGUUCGAGUUCUUCCACCCUAGACCAGCAGCUGGUGCAAAGACAGCCAAUGCACCAUUGCCUUUAUCAAUGGCGAGAGCUGAUAGAGUGGUCGAGAGCGCAUGGGCCACUCCAGAGAGCAGUGGUGGUAUCAGGGGUGGGGCUGCUGGUGCCGUGGUUGUCACCGUGAUUGGUGUCGCAUGCGUUGUGCUGGUGGCCAUCGGGACCUCUUACUAUUUCCUCGUCAUCAAGCGCAACAGCAAGAGAGCAAGCACCUUGAUCCAAUUCCACUCUCACGUCUGACUUAUUUCCUUAUUUUUCUCACUGCACUCCACUCCACUCCACUCCACUCCACGCCAUCAUCAGGAUGAAAUCAGCUGGUUACUAGUUACCAACAUGUUAUCAUUUCUUAUUAACCUUUUGGAUUAGUUAAUGAUGUAACCACUGCUCGAUCCAAGUGUUUCAAUUGAGGACUUGCUUUUAAGUAAAUCUUGUUAAAAUGAUAUAUUUUUGUUGUUGUUGUUGUUAGCUAAUUUACUCUGC